UUCUGUCUUAAUCCAUUGAAGUCUAUUCUAGAAGUAUGAUGGUACAGUACAAUCAUCAUUGGCCAGAACACAUGUUUACUGUAUGAAAAAUUAAAUAAAUCAAAAUACAGUAGUUGGCAUUUUAAUCAAGUUUAAAGAUGACUUUACGACAAUUUUACAGAUUAAUCUUGUGUCUAAUGGGAUGCAGUGCCUGUGGAGAGCAAGUUUCAUUAAACCUGGUAACAGAUAAUAUUACGAUUGGACAAGAUGUUGUACUAACUUGCACUGUCAAUGGAAUACAAACAAUUGAUAAAAAAACAACCAGGCAGUGGUCCAUGGGAGACGAUGACGAACUUAUAUGUUACAAUGGUCGAAUAAAUAAUCUUAGCAAGUAUGACGAGAAAGUUCUUUUUGGAAAUGAAUUUUGUCUUACAAUAUUCAAUAUAACAGAAGCUGACCUCAAUAUAGUUUAUCAAUGUCGUUAUGGAUUUGAAGUAGCAAGUAAAUUAAUUGAGGCAGAUAAACCCAAAUCAUUUUUAUCAUUAAGAUUAGAAAAUGAUCCCAUUACAUUCGGAGGAGAUAUCAUAUUGACAUGCACUGUAAAUGGCAUUAGAGCACUUGACAGUGACGUGACUAGGCAAUGGUCAAUGGGAAAUCAUGACCAACUUUUAAGUUACAAUGGACGAAUAAAUAAUCACAGAAAGUAUAAAGAAACUAUUUUUCCUGGGUAUGCAUUCAGUAUUAAAAUAUUGAAUGUAACAGUCCAAGAUGUUAAUGUAACUUAUCGAUGUCGAUAUGGUUUCGAUACAGCGACAUACUUCAUCAAAAUGAGCGAAAGUGCAAGUCUGCAAAAAGGAAGCCCAUGUGAUCAUUCUUCAAAUAUACCAUGUCGUAUUGCAGAAACACAAAAAGACAAAGGAAAUUUAACACGUAAUGAUACAAUUUCCUUUACAGAAAAACUGGGAACAAAGACCAAUGUGUCCUUGCCAGCUACACUGAUUCCGUCAGCUAUAAUUGUUGUAGCAGACAACAUAUAG